UCAAAUUAGGCGUUAAGACUUUGACAUGCUGGCAUUCAAAACGCACAGAAAGACCGAGCGCUCAUAGGGGAAGGACGAUAAGAAACUCAGAAAACAGUUUGGACCAGAAUAUGGCUGAGGUGAUUUACGCCAGGCCCAACAUGAUGACCAAGGCCAGGAACACACAAGGAGAGAGAGAGGAGAGGAUAGAGGACAUCUACUCUACCAUUGAGAGCCUCGGAGAUCAACACCAGGACUAUGUGGGGACAGAGGAGUCCUCCAAUACUCUGGGAACAUUAAGAAGUCAGCAGCCGGACCCUGUGAGCCCUCCUCGGUGGCCGAUCAGGGCUGUGGUGGUGCUUCUGGUCCUGCUGUCUGUUGCCCUGCUGGCUGGACUGGUUGGGUUGGCAGUGCAACACAAGACGAAGACUGUAAGCAUGGACAGAGACGUGGAGCAACUUCUCCAAAGGCUGGAGAAUGUGACAGAGCAACACAAGACCGUAAGCAUGGAGGUGGAGCAACUUCUCCAAAGGCUGAAGAAUGUGACAGAGCAGAGAGACUCACUGCUUCGUAAACAGGAAUGUCCAGGUGGUUGGGAUAAGUUUGGUUGUAAAUGUUACCGGGUUACCAGACAGUGGGGAUCCUGGAAUAACAGCAGGGAGUCCUGCGUUUCCCAAAGAGCAGAUCUGGUGGUUAUGGACAGUAAACAGGAGAUGGACUUCAUCAACAGCAUGUACAGAGGUAACGUCUGGCUCGGAGCGACAUAUGAGGCCAGUGAAGGGUUGUGGAGAUGGGUUGAUGGGACCGUCCUGUCAGUGGAUAACCCCUCCUGGAGAAGAGGGAAACCUGAUGGUGGCAAGAAGAAGAACUGCUUAAGGAGGGUCAAGGAGCAGACCAACUAUAAAUGGACAGAUGAGAGCUGUAAAGCCAACAACUAUGGGCUUUGUGAAUAUAAAUUAAUGAAAUGAUGGAUGAAAACAUUUCUUUGUCUGACUGAUUUAUUUCUAUGACAAUAUUUUAUAUCUUAAUGCAAACGGACAAUUGUUGUUUUGUUUCAUACUUGUUGAGUUCUGCAAUUCGAGUAGAGCUGUGAUUGGCUGCAAGGUAUUUUAUCUCCUUAACAGGAGAUGACAUGAAGACUACCCUGCUCACUGCAGGAACUGUACAUAGAUGCUGCUCUUGUUACAUUAUUUUUUCAAUGUUUCCACAGUUGCUCUCGGUGUUGGAGGCUGAGGUUAGGUGGUAAAGAGUAAUGACAGUCAUUGGCUGGUUUUCAGUUGCUACAAACCACACUAUUCAGGGCUGCAUUUGCUGCCUUUGCCCCCUAAAUUAUUCUGUUGAAAUGCAUCUCAACUUUGUCACCAUGUAGUGUGAUCACUAAAACACUUGUGUAUAAAUUAUCUGUUUGUUCUGCGGCGUUCAGAGGAACAGUAGACUUGUGUCCUGGUGUCUGAUUCGGCUUGUAGGUCUGCACUUAGUUUUGCGUUACUGGAUGAACACUUUUGAAGGUACACAUGCGUUCUCACACUGUCCCGUUCGAAAACAGGAGCGGGAGUGGAGCGCCUUUGUCCGCUUUUCACGGCAUUAAGUUCCAUUUUUCCCCUCAUUUCCGUAUCAAUCACGUCCGCCCGUAAACUGCACUUCCUCAUUUUAAUUCAGUGACAAAAAAACUCCUAAUAAAUACCUAAUAA